AUGAGCAACGGAUUUAUGUACCAGCAGUUGGGCAUUGUUCCAGAUCAUCCCAACGUCCACAUCAGUAGAAAGGACCACGCGGCGGACCAAUUGAGUGCCCAAUCGAUUGAUUCCCCGAAGCUCGCAAAUGAGACCGGCGACUUUCCCAAGAAACCAAUUGGUCGCUUGCCUGCCGAUAAUGGGUCUCCUAUGGCAUAUCCGAUCACCCAUCCGGCUCGACACACCGUCAGCCCCUCGCUCUCUGUAAAGAGGCCUUAUUCAGCGGGGGCUAUGCCAGAAAACUCGGACUCGGAAGAUCUGAGCCAUCAAGGCUUCGCUUCAGGAGGGAGUAUGGAGGCUGCGUCACCUCAUUCCAUAAAAGGUCGCCAGCAGAAAUUAAAGACUCGACAACGAGGUUCUUCCCAGAUGCUAGGCACCCCCGGCAGUCGGAUAGUAGGCGAAAUCGGAAAUCGCAAAAGUAGUCCGUCUAAGAGCGAUACGCGACUGCCUAGAUUUUCAGCAAGCUCCGCCGACGAUCUUGCCGCGAAGUGGCGACAAGAGGUGGCGCAAUCCGAUGCGCAACAGAUGCGUGCAAGCCCCGUUCAGCAUGGAAGUGUGUCCACCCUUCAGCCAAGUGUCAGGCAAGAGAAACUCGCUGCGCGGCCCAAGGGGCAAUCGGCAGGACUCGUGGAAGGAUUGAGCUUUGAUCAGAAAUCCGCUGGAGGUGACUCAGCGGUAGCCGGAGGUACAGCAUCACAUGGGAUCUUCCUGCAGCCAGAAACUCAUCCUAUAACAGAAGAGCAAUUGAUCAAUGAAGUGCGCGGAAUCUACGCCGGGCUAGUCAUGGUGGAGAAGAAGUGCAUUGAAAUCGACAAGCAACAGUCCGAGUCGAAGACUGCGCUGUCCCCACUCCAAUGGCAGGCCCUGAUUGCCUUACAUCGAACGCUGCUGAACGAGCAUCACGACUUCUUUCUAGCAUCACAACAUCCGUCCGCAAGCCCUAUGCUCAAAAGACUGGCAGAGAAAUAUGCCAUGCCGGCUCGUAUGUGGCGUUACGGGAUCCAUUCCUUCCUAGAGCUACUACGCCAUCGGCUCCCUGACUCCCUGGAGCAUAUGCUGACUUUCAUUUACAUGGCUUACUCGAUGAUGACUCUGCUGUUAGAAAGUGUCCGCGCAUUUGAAGAGACCUGGAUCGAAUGCCUGGGCGACUUAGCGCGAUACAGAAUGGCAGUAGAAGAGGUGGACCUGCGGGACCGCGAGAUCUGGGCUGGCGUCGCCAGAUACUGGUACAACAAGGCGGCAGAUAGGAAUCCUGAUGUUGGCAGGAUACAACAUCACCUUGCUGUCCUAGCUCGCCCGGAUGUAGUCCAGCAGCUGUUCUACUAUACAAAGUCUUUAGUCAGUGUGCACUCCUUUCCAAGCACGAGGGAAAGCAUACCAUCAUUGUUUAAUCCGCUUCUGAAUGCGCCAAAAGCACAUCAUCACUAUCCGCUCAUUGCGGCUUUUGUUUUGGCUCAUGGCUAUCUCUUCUAUCGCAAUCCGGCGCCUCAGUUCUACAGAUCAGCAGAGGAAUUUUUGGCACACUUGGAUACUCAUGUUGGCCGAAUGGGGGCCGCCUUUAAGAUGCAGGGCGUCUACAUGUCGUCGUGCAAUUUCGCAGCCAUAUUCGAAUACAAUCACCCGGACGCCGCCUUACCCGCCCAGUUCCACCCGGGAGGAAUCCAUCAAGGGAAAUCUGCUUUGGAGACCCAAUCCACGUCUGCAGAAACGUCGACUUACGCUUCUGACCUCCAUUUGACCGAGGAUGGAUCAAUGGCAUCCACAGAUGGUCGAAGGUAUUCGCCACUUAGUCUUUACGCGUCGUGCCUGACAUUCCAAACCUUGUCUGUCCUUCUUGACCAGAUCGGGAACAAGAACAUUUAUCCCACAGUGCAUAUCUCGCUAGCCUUCCUCUGGUGCCUAGCACUCAAUGGCAAGAGCAGCAUAGAAUACGUCGAAGCUUUCGUCCCGUGGAGAAAGAUCGCCACCUUUCUCAAUACCAUGAUUCGCGAUGAUGCAGAUAUUCGAAUUUUCGAAGGUCCCCAUUUCCCUACUGUGGAAGAGAGGAAACAAUUGCCGGAGGACUUUUCAAUACGUGGUCAGCUCUGGAGUCAACUCUAUUUCCCGCCUCAUUUCUUUGAGGAUUCUCUCAUUGAGGAUGAGGGGCGUCUCAUUGAGCUACCCUCUCUGAACGUCUCCAGGAUGUACAGGUGCCUUUGGCUGGGAGUGAAGCUGGCGACGUCCAAACGUUGGAUGACAUACGACCCCGUCUCCCGAAAGUUCUCGGUGACACCCCUUGCGCUUCGACUUGAGAAACUUGCGGAGCAGCACAAUCCCUUCAAAGUCGCAGCGCCGCAGCCGGGGGCCCGCGAUUCGGAAAUGCCUGACACUUGA